UCCGAACCGCAAUCAGAGCUUCUGAAGAUUCACACUUCCUCCAUACGCCCCAGACUGCAGGAGAAGCUCUCCAUGAUGCCUCCGUCCUCCAACUUCAGCACUGGAGGAGCUGCAGAGGGGAAGCAGUGCAUCGUCAACGACCAGAUGGGAGCCUUCACCGUCUUCUACGUCCUCGUCUUCAUUGUCGGGCUGCCUGGAAACCUGCUGUCAGUGUGGAUCUUCAUCCGAAGCCCCAGAGCCCAGCAACAGCAGAGCACCGUGGUGUACCUGGUGAACCUGCUGGCGGCCGACCUGAUGCUGCUGCUCGCUCUGCCCUUUAAGCUGCUGAAGGACCUGGGCGCGGCGCCGUGGAGCCUCAUGGUGUUCCACUGCCAGGCCAGCGCCGUCACCAUCUACAUCAGCCUGUACGCCUCCAUCGCCUUCCUUGCCUUCAUCAUCACCGACCGCUACCUGCAGGACUGUCACACGCUGCGCGCUCUGAGGCUGCAGGAGGUCGGUUUCGCCCGGCUGCUGACGCUGGUCGUCUGGCUGCUGCUGCUGCUCAUCAUGGUGCCCAACAUGGCUCUGCCCAUCCAGCAAGUACAGGAGCAGCGCUACCUCAGCUGUUCGUCUCUGAAAUUUGACAUCAGCCUGCACUGGCACGCUCUGACCGUCUUCCUCUGCACGGCUCUGUUCCUCAAUGCCUCCGCCGCCGUGUUCUUCUCCAGCGGUCUGGCUCUGAAAAGACUCCUGGCCAGCCGCAAGGACCCCAAGCUGUGGGUGGAGGCCCGGCGGGUGGCGGGCAGCGUGAUGACCGUGGCGCUGGCCUACAUACUCAGCUUUGUGCCAUAUCACGUGGUGCGGACGCCGUACACGCUGGCCCAGACCAAAGUGAUCACAGACUGCCACACCAAGAGGCAGCUGUUCCUGGGGAAGGAGUCCACGCUGCUGCUCAGCGUGCUGCACCUCUGCUUCGACCCGCUGCUCUUCUUCUACUUCUACGCUCCGUUCAGACAGACGGUGCUCCAGAUGUUCCCCUGCAGCAGCACGCAGAAGCUCAGCCACGCAGAGGAGCCGGCUGCAGAGGCAAUGAUGGAACCUGCAACUUCUGUACAGCAGGAGGAAGCUGUCUGACCACAGAGAAACUGUCAGAAACACAUUUUCAUCCAAGGAUCACCUCAAAUAUACAGCAGGCUGUAUAUGCACUGUUCUACGUCAGCCUGUGAAGCCAUAAAGCCGGACUCUGUUCUCUUCUCCUAAACUUAAACAUGUGAUCUUGUUGACUAAACUUAACAAAGUAGUUUUGCACCAAACCUUAACAUUGUCUGUAAAAGAGCAACUGUCUUUUUUUUAUUAGAAUGACUAUCAAACUGUCGUUGAAAAUACGCUUACUUGAAGGAUCGGUUUUGAAAGCCUAAAGAUUCAACCUUUCAACUGUUUCAAAUGUGCACAAAAAACAUUUCAAAAACAUUAUUCUGUGCACCGAAUGAUAUCAUGACUCCUGAGAAAACAACCCUGAAAUUAACUUGAUUUAAAUUUAUUUUAAAUAUUACUGUUACUGUUAAUUAACUCUUUAUUAAUCUACACGUAAGAUCCUGUUUUGAGUCUGAUGGCUUGAUGUUUAUUUACAUGUAGAAUAUUUCAUUUAAGUUGAUUGAGAGGUGCUACAGGGUCAUCUAAGUUUAAAGUUAUUAUUGUUUUAUAAUGUUGUUAAAAGUUUUUUCAUCAGUAAUAUUUGUAAAAACGGCAGUAAAAUAGAAAUACCAUAUAUUUUGAAUAAUGAGCUCAGGAACAUAUUAAACAUUCUAAUACUUUUAAUGUAAAACAAACAAAUAAAAA